UGUUGCCCUCUAGCCUAUUCUAGAGGGCGACAGUAAGGAUGUAACCAUUUAUAUUUUAUACCAUGUGCUCGGUAUACUUAAUAUUAAUUUAGAAAGUUAUAUUUUAAGUUAAUUAAACAUUACGUUAUUUACAUGUUAAAAUGUCGUUUUUUAUAAGAAACAAUCGAUUUAAGGGAGCAACUAAAAGAAAAUAUAAUGGACAUUUUGAAAAUAGAGAUAAAAGUACAUUUACUUCGAAAGGAAAGAAAAAAAAUGUAAAAAAGUCUAUGCCCAUUGACAAUGAAAGUAUAUCUAGUAAUGAUGAAGAACUUGCAGAAGAAAAUGAAAAAUCACCAGAGUUUGAAAGUGAAUCAGAAACUGAAGAAACCGUUCAGGAAAAACGUGUUAGGCUGGCUAAAAAAUAUCUUCAACAAAUUGAGGAAGAAGAGAAAGAUAGAGCAGAAUUUGAGGAAGGAGCAGUUGCAAGAAGAUUAAAAGAUGAAUACUUGGAAGAAAAGGGAUGCCUUAGAAAAAUUGUAGCAGAACGUUAUAUUGCUCAUGAAGAUCCUAUAAUAUUGAGAUGUAAAGCUCAUAAAGAUUCUAUUACGUGUUUAUGUAUUUCUAAUAAAGGAAACAUUUUAUAUUCAAGUUCUAAAGAUGGUAGUUUAGUUAAAUGGUCAUUAAAGGAAAGAACUAAAUUAAAAAUUAUAAAAGGAAAAAGAAAAGGACAGGAUGGAAUGAAAUCAAUUAAUUGUAUGGCAAUUAGUACUGAUGGCAAAUUUUUGGUUGUUGGAGAUGGUGGUUGUAAGGAUAUUAAAGUAUUUUGUGGGGAAAGUUUAAAUCUUUUAAAAAAUUUACAAGGUCAUAGAGAUAUAAUAACUGGUUUAAUAUUUCGAAAAGAUACUCACACACUUUACUCUGCAUCUGAAGAUAGAAGCAUAAAAGUUUGGAAUUUAGAUGAUAUGGCAUAUGUUGAAUCUUUAUUUGGACAUCAAAAUGGUAUCACAUCAAUUGACGCUUUAUCAAGAGAACGCGCUAUAACUAGUGGUGGAUAUGAUGGAACUAUUAGAAUAUGGAAAAUUGUAGAAGAAUCGCAAUUAAUUUUUAAUGGUCAUAGUGGCAGCAUAGAUAUCGUUAAACUUAUCAAUGAAGAGAACUUUUUUAGUGGUGGAAAUGAUGGCUCAUUAUGUGUAUGGGGUUGUUUAAAAAAAAAACCUUUAUGUUGUGUACCCGAGGCUCAUGGAAAAGAUGAAAAUAAUGGACAACCAAAAUGGAUAUCGAGCAUAGCAACGCUUUUGAAUACUGAUUUAGUAGCAUCUGGUUCUCAAAAUGGAGAGAUCAAAUUGUGGCGGUGCGGUGAUUCGUUUAAAUCAUUACAUCCAUUAUUUACAAUAAAAUUAGUCGGGUUUAUAAACUCACUGGUAUUUACACCAGAUGGUAAUAAUCUGAUUGCUGGUGUUGGUCAAGAACACAAGCUUGGUAGAUGGUGGCGUAUACCAGAAGCCAGAAACUGUAUUGUUAUUAUACCAUUAGUCCAAAAUAAAACAAACAAAUAAUAUAUAUUAUCUAAGAGAUUAAUUAUUACAUUUUAUCAUUUAUAUAAUGUUCCAAGCACAUUAUAUAAAUGAUAUAUAAUAUAAGCUUUAUUUUAAUCAUUUUAAAUUAACUCUUUCGGUCUAGUAUGCUUGUGAAAUAAUAUUUUUGCCAUGGACGGAACGCAUCGCUUGACGCUGACGUACGAAACGUUUAUGAUGCUCGAUCGAUUUUUCUAUUUUAUAAAGUUGAUACGACGUACUUUUUUAUUGCAUUAUAUAUAAAUAAAAUUAUUUUUUGUAAAUAACAUAAUUUAUUUCAAAUUUCUCUUAGAAAUAAUAUAUUUUUAAUGUAAGUAAUAUUUGUAAUUUAGAUGAUAAAAUUAUAAAAAAACGUUUAACCCUUUCAGUGCGGAAUUCUUCAGAUUUCAAUAUUCUUCAAUAAUUUUCAUUCGGCGAAUAUGUUUUUAUUUAUUCCAAAGGUUUAAAAAUGAAAAGAUGUUCUCGAUUUAUUAGCUAUAUAUUUAAUCCAUUAUUGCCGACUGAAUUAUUUGGUCAGUAAAAAGAGUAUCUAACGUUAUCGACUGAGUUAUCAAUGAUUGAUAAAAAUGAGAUCUAUUAUUGCCAAUUGAGUUAAUAGUAAAGUUUUUGAAGAAAAAUUGCAGAACAUGAUAUAUUAUGGUAGACGUAUAUAUAAGUACUCCGAGCGUUCAUUUUUCGAAGAUAAAUAUAUAUAUUAUAUAUAUAUUCAUCGUUUGGAGUGAAAGAGUUAAAUGCCUUUAAUAUAUAUCUAUGAAGUAAUUUUUGUUCAUAAUUAUUCUUUUUUGGAAUAGUUACAGAUGCCAAUUAUUGUAAAGUUUAAAUAACGUUGCGCCGUGCAUGGCCAUAAAUGAGAAUGAAAUGAAAGAAAUAUUGGUCCACAGUACAAGUAUUUAUUUAUUCUGUACAAAAGUUGAGUUAUAAAAUAUUAUGUCCCCAU